AUGACGUAUACUCACGAAAGUGGUCGUCUUGCCAAGCGGACUCGUUCGUCCAUGGAUAAUACGACAUCCCCACACGAAAGCGGUCUUCCCAUGAAAAGAGCUCGCUUGUCCCACGAGGCUUCUGAUGUCAGCAUGACUCUGAGCGGUGGAAUGAAGAGUAUGAUGGUAUCCCCGCAACAAACCUACCAGCAGGACUCAAAUAAAGCGUUUCCCUUCUGGGAGCUCCCAAGCGAAAUCCGCAACCAUAUCUACGAUCUCCUUGUCGUAGAAGACUCGGAGCUUCACUUCAAACAGGGGACCCAAUGUUGGACAUAUGCCACAAAGCCUGCACCAAAACAGGCCACCAUCGAGGCAUUCCCUACCACCCCGACCACGGUCGUCAAACACCACCUCGAGAAGCAAAAACCGGAAAUACUGGACACGAGCGUCUUGUACGUGAAUUCGCGCAUGUACAACGAAGCGGCAUCCACGCUCUGGGCACAAAACGUAUUCUGCUUCCAAACCGCAACACUGCUCCCGGACUUUUUGGUAAGGCUGUCGCCAAGAGCAAGGGCCUGGAUCCGGAACAUCGAGAUCGUCGACUGGUUUAGACCCGGGUUGUGGGGGGAGGCUACCAUUUCGGUUGCGUUUCGCGCCCUUAGCACCUGCCCCAACCUGAAGCGCGUUGAGCUCGUCAGGACGCUCGCCUUUGACCUAUCAAAACCCCCGGCCGAGCACGCUCGCUGGUUGCUGAGUCUACCGGGUUGUCGUAUGUGGUUGCAGCAGAUCGGCGAAAUGAGGAAUGAUCCGAAAGCGGGCGCUGAAAUCCUCGGCUUUGGUGACAAUCUGUCGCGGUUUCAUACUAAUCAUGGACUGAUGGCGGAGUUUGUCGACAAAAAGAUCGAGACCACUGUUUGGGAUUCUCGCUAUAGAAAAGAAAGUGCACGGGAAUUCAAGAAAGUCCUGGGAGAUUUGCUUGUGUCGUCAAAUUUAGGUGCAUCUUGA